UGCAUGGAAAAGAUCGUUGGAAAACAAAUAUUUUCUAAAAACUGAAUAUCACUGGCAAAUUCAAUAAAUUUUCUGCCGAAUAAUCUGUAGUUAAACCUAACUGGUGUUAUUCUCGUGCAGAAUGGCCACGUCGACGCAAAAUGCAAUCACCCUCAAAGGUUCGGCUGCCAUCGUUACGGAAUACUUGAAUUACGGCAUAAAUUCCAUCCUUUUCCAGCGUGGUAUCUACCCACCGGAACAGUUUACCAGCGUACAACAGUACGGUCUUACGAUUCUAAUGUCAACGGACGAGAAAAUCAUUGCUUUCCUGCAGAAAGUUCUUGGCCAAGUGCAGGAAUGGCUCGGUCGCAACGAGGUGGAAAAAAUAUCCAUGGAAAUUACCAACGUGCACACGAAGGAAGUUCUCGAACGGUGGGACUUUAAGGUACACAACGAGCCACCCGUGAAUGGCGAGACAAAGAUGGAUCCCAACAAUCCCGUUUCUUCCAAGGAACUGAAAAAGAUACAGGCCGAAAUCCGGGAUGUCAUGCGACAGAUAGCGGCUACCAUCAGUUAUCUUCCGCUGAUUGAAUACAUUUGCACGUUUGAUGUUCUGAUCCAUACCGUAAAAGGCUGUGAAGUUCCGGAGAAAUGGAAAGAAACGGACGAGGUCGGAAUUCAAAAUGUCCAAACCGUGCAGCUUAAGUCGUUCUCUACGGGAUUGCAGAAGAUUGAUACGAUUGUUAAUUAUAAGAUGACAGAUUAGAGACGAAAGGUAGUCAUAUUUUUUUCCGGGAGAUUGUGUGUGAGGUGGUACAGCAGUAAGGCUAGCAUUUUUAUAAUGAAUUAGAAAUAUGUUUUUAACUA